GUGCUCCGUAGCUGUCAGUGGGAAAUAAACAAAUAAACAAACGAAUCGGACGGAACCGUCAAGCGAAACCCCGGCAGAAAUAGACAACGUUAACCUGGUACCGGAAUAGAAACCAAAAUCCAACAUGUCGACGGUAGAAAACAUGCCCUCGAUGGUCCGGUUGGACAGUGAUAUCGGAACUCCACCCGAGGGUGAACCAUCGGAGGCUGCAGCCUCCUCAGCCCCAAUCGCAAGCAAGAAGCACAAGACCUACCUGAAGAAGUUCAAGGAGCCCGACUCCGAUGAAGAAGUCGGUGACCUGCGAAACCUCUACAAUAUUCAGGAGUCCUGGCGAACCCUCAUGAACUUGCCCAGCUGCCAGAAAAUCAUGGUUUCAGAGAGGGCUCAGAAAGUCCUGAAGAUCGAGGUGGGCAUCAAUGUCACUCAGGAGUUCCCCUGGAAGCAGGUCCAGUUCAAAGAUCUGCGCGAUGUCCUUUUCGACGAGCUUGAGAACGCGACGGAGUUGGUCAAAAAGUUCAAGAACUUCAAUCCCGAUCACUACGUUCUCCUCGGUUUCUGCCCCAUCCUGACUGAGGCAGAAGAUGAUCCCCCAGAGGGCGAUCCGUUCAUCUGCUACUCGAGCAUAAAGGAGUCCAAGCUAGCUAUGGGAAUCAUCCAGAACAUGGAGCACUUUGAUCGGUGGAGGAUGCAGCGACGCCUGCGCAAGAAGCCCCGUCGGUGGGUGAGUCAGGGCACCGAGGACGAGAUGACCAUCUUGGUGGAACACUUCAGAGACGAGCCCAUAGACGUGGAGAUCCAGAGCGUGUACCCCAUCCAGGAACCGCGCCACGUAGCCUUCUCACACCGAAUGACCCGGGACGUGAGGGAUGGCGUUAUCGAGCUCCUGCCCAACGAGAACGUCAAGUGGGAUAAUGUGACCAAGAAAAGGAUCAACGUCGCCAUCCAGUCGGCUCCAGCCGUGUUGGAUCGGGAACAGCAAACCAAUCCCACAUUCCCUUCCAACGCCUGGUCCCAAUACCUCUACGAGAUUGAUGAUGAUGAUCUGGAGCUGGACGAGUCCGUAGUGGACGAGGAGGAGGAAAAGAAGAAAAGCCAAAAGAACUAUGUGCCCGUUGAAAAGCCACCUCCAGAAAUGUCCGCCCAAAUUCAACUGCUGCUCAAUACUCUGGAUUUCAAUCAGAUCGAUUGUUAUAGGGAUGACUACACCAUGAUUUCAAACCGGCAGGUGGUUCAGUACACAAAUCCCUACCUCCAGGAGUUUCUAUGUUUCGCCAAUAUCUCCAAGAGCAACAAACGCUUUGUGGCCGGCCAGGACUGGUAUCCGAAGCUCUCCGGGCUGAUUGCGGUUUCCUAUGCCUUUAGCACUCCGGCCACCGUGAAUGAGGCCUCCGAAAGGGUGGAUUAUGUGCAGCGGGCCGUUUUGGAGCCCAAUCCAGUACUGCUGUGGAGUUUUUCCGACAAUCUCGACUACAAACUGGAGUUUGAGGCCCCCAUCGAGACAACACAGCUGACCUUUUGCCCCUCGAAUGGCGAUGUACUGAUUGGCGGUUGCCGAAAUGGUCAGAUUGUGAUCUGGGAUCUCCAGGGGCGCUGCGAGAAGCUGGAAGAGGAGGAGUACUUGACGGCAGCCCAGUCCAAGUAUCGGACUAUGCUUGGCGAGUUCCUGAACUGGACCAUCGACCUUGAGGACAACCUGAUUACCCCGGCCACCAUUUCGCCUCUGGACUUAUCGCCCAAGGGUCAAAUCACCGGCUUCUACUGGCUGGGUCGUUCUAUAUACCUCAACCACUUCGGCAAAGUUUACAAUGAUCCGGAUAUGCGGGUCACCCACAAGUUCUUUGUGACGUGCUCUUUCGACGGGACAGUGAGUUUCUGGGAUUUGGAGGGCGGCGCGGCUAAGGCAGCGAAGGAGAAGAUGCGAAAUCGCAUGCUCCCCAAGGAGUUGUCCUCCCACGAGUCCGCCUUCAAGUCGCUGAGCAUCAAACCGACCUACAACAUUAGCUUUGCAGAGCCACUAACUGGGAUCAUAGCCGACACCUCGUGUUUUUCGUGCCUCACCCCGAAUAUGAAGCUAAUCCACUCCAACCCCUCCAACUAUCCCAUCAAGCUGAUCGCCAAGGAUCCACCGUCCCUGAGGCAGAGCAUGAUAGUGUCCACCUUCUACGGGCACGUCAGCCGGAUCGAGUGGCAGGGCAUCUACACCGAGGGCGACCCCACGGAGACCAUCAACACUUCAAUCCCCUUCGCCAUGGUUCACGAUGGUCCGGUGGUGAUGAUGCGCAAGAAUCCCUUCUAUCCGGAGCUCUUCGCAUCCAUAGGACGAACUAUCCUGGCCAUCUGGAAGGAGGACUAUCCGUAUUCACCCAUUUUCUGGAGGCAGCGGGGCUGUGAUCUCACCGCUGUGGCCUGGAGCGAAACCCGCCCAGCAGUUUUGUAUUUAACCAGGAUGGAUGGUAUCCUGGAAGCUUGGGAUAUUCUAUCUCGCGAUGACGACGCCUGCUUGAGCGAGAUCCUCGGCGGAGGAAUCAUCACCAGCAUUUCGGAGCACCGACCCUCGCUGCCCUACAAGAUCCUGGGGAUCGGGGAUUACAACAGUAGCAUCCGCAUGGUGAAGCUGCCACACACCUUCGAUGUGCCGCUCCCCAACGAACUGCAGCAGCUGAUGAACUAUGUCCUCAAGGAGGAGCGCCGCAAGGUGGGCAUCCAGGCAUGGGAGCAGAAGUACUACGAACUCAACAAAGACAUCAUCGAAGCGAAGCGUGAGGCGGAGGCGGAGACUCGCAAGGAAAUGGAGCGUCUGGAGAAAGAGGAGCAGUUCGCCUCGCGGAAGCGAAAGGCCGACGAAGAGGGUGGCGAGGAAAAGAAAGGGGGAACCAAAAAGGCGUACGCAGGACUGAACUACAACGAAAGAAUGGCUGUCAAGUGGGACGAGUUGAAUCUGAAUCGAAUGAUGACCAUUCUAAUGUCUCGCAAGCAGAUGGAUCCCGAGAAGCUGGCUCGCGAGACGGCACUGGAGAAGGAGAAGCAGGCCUAUGAGGCAGCCAAAAAGAAGUCUCACUUGGAUGUGCUGUCGCGGGUGGAACAAGACAUAGCCGCCAUUAGAGCUCGCAUCCUGCCCGCCGAAAUACCGGACUUCCAACGCAACGAGAUGAUACAGGAGCGGGUGAAGCGGGAAGUAGAGCUAGCGGACACCUACGAGCAGGUGGCUGCCGACUCCUGGGAGAUCCUGGGCAUGUUUAACGAGUUCAAGUCGAUUGACUACAUCGAGUUUCUGGAGCGGGGGCGACAGCGCCGCCAGUUGCUCGAUCAGUCGCUCGGCGGGAACACGGAUCGCCUGCUCUGGUAUCAGGAGAAGGUCAAGAAUGGUGAGCUAAACGAGUGCCAGUUUGGCUAUGAGUUCCUCCAAGGACUCAACGAUGAGGAUGGUUUGGAUCCUCGGGUGACGGUCGCAACCAAGACUAGAUCUGACACGACUCUUGUUGUGGCGAUAGAUAUCCAUGAAGACGAUGAUUAGUUCUAAAUCCUUCUAAUUUGUCCUUCCAAAUCGUUAAUAAAUGUUUCUUUCAGUAACUAA